CGCUUUCCGCCAGCUUUCUGCCGUUUCCGAGAGCGCGCAAGGGGGGACUUUUCCAUUUCUCUCGCUUUUUGAGGAUUUUAGGGCAUUUUUUUAUUAUUAUUCGAUCGGGCCAGUGAGCGGAGGAAAAAAAUCCCGGUUACUUUGGAGAAAGCACAAUGUCAACGACCUUCCCCGGACUUGUCCACGACGCAGAGAUACGUCACGACGGAUCAAACAGCUACCGGCUCAUGCAGCUCGGGUGCCUGGAGUCCGUGGCCAACUCCUCGGUCGCCUACUCCUCCUCCUCCCCGCUCAGCUACCCGGCGCCGGCGGGGACGGAGUUCGCCUCGCCCUACUUCUCGGCCAACCACCAGUACACGCCCCUCCACCACCAGUCCUUCCACUACGAGUUCCAGCACUCCCACCCAGCCGUGGCCCCGGAGGCCUACGGGCUGAACUCGCUGCACUCGGGUCAGUACUACCAGCAGAUCCACCACGGAGAGCCCGCCGACUUCAUCAACCUGCACAAUGCGCGCUCGGCCCUCAAGUCCUCCUGCCUGGACGAGCAGCAGCGGCGCGAGCUGGGCUGCCUCGACGCCUACCGGCGCCAUGACCUGUCUCUGAUGACGUCACACGGCUCCCAGGCCUACGGCGUCGGCAUGCACCACGGGGACCAGAGGCUGCUGCCCGCCGCCGGCCUGGGUCUCCCUUCGUCCGGGUCGGACGACCUGCAGGGCUCCGUGGAAGCGCAGUGUGGGCUCGUGCUGAACGGCCAAGGGGGCGUCAUCCGGAGAGGGGGGACAUGCGUGGUGAAUCCCACAGAUCUGUUCUGCUCGGUACCGGGCCGACUGUCGCUGCUCAGCUCCACCUCCAAGUACAAAGUCACCAUCGCCGAGGUGAAAAGAAGACUGUCCCCACCAGAGUGCCUCAACGCCUCCCUACUGGGCGGCAUACUGCGCAGAGCGAAGUCUAAGAACGGAGGCCGGUGUCUUCGGGAAAAGUUAGACCGCCUAGGCCUCAACCUGCCGGCAGGACGGAGGAAAGCUGCCAACGUCACACUGCUUACCUCCCUGGUGGAAGGUGAGGCGCUCCACCUGGCGAGGGACUUCGGCUACACCUGCGAGACAGAGUUCCCCAGCAAGGCAGUGGGGGAACAUUUGGCGAGGCAGCACAACGAGCCGAAAGAAACCAGCGCACGCAAGAAAAUGGUCCUGGCUACAAAGCAAAUCUGUAAGGAGUUCCAGGACUUAUUGAGCCAAGACCGCUCUCCUCUGGGCUCCUCCAGACCGACCCCGAUCCUUGACCUGGACAUCCAGAGACACCUCACACACUUCAGUCUGAUCACUCACGGAUUCGGCACGCCGGCGGUCUGCGCAGCUCUCAGCACCUUCCAGACGGUGCUGAGUGAGAUGCUCAACUACCUGGACAAAAACUCGAGCGGGAAAACGGGCGGACCCACCGACCAACAGAUCAACAGCAGCUCAGAAAAGACGCAGCUCCGGAAAACAUCCGAGCCCCAGAGCAAAGACGGGAAAACAGAAAAGACUGAGUAGCCCACACCCACCCGGUCCCCGUGCCUUGGAGCGCUGCAUUUAGGAGAGUGUGUGUGUGUGUGUGUGUGUGUGUGUGUGUAUGUGUGUAGACUUUCAGCAAGGAUUUGUUAACUCCCAUUCAUUACUCUUCUUUGGGACAAUUCAUAUUUAUUGUUAUUUAUUUAUCUUAUGUUGAAAUGUAACUCUAACCUGAAACGUCCCAAACAAGACGUCCUGACGUUUGAGUGAACACAUCCUGUUUAGGUGUGUGUGUGUGUGUGUGUGUGUGUGUGUGUGUGUGUGUGUGUGUGUGUGUGUGUGAGUGUGUGUGUGUUUAUCUGCGUGUGUCAUGACAAGGAAAAGCCUCGCCAUGGAGACGGAUGUGACUCAUCCAAGACUUUUAUUUCUUUAUUUAUUGAUUCUGAAAACAGGAAGUAAACAUGGACACGCUGACAUCACAGUUUUCCAGGACAGGGGUGGUAUCUGCCGAUACAACACAACACACAUCACACACACAUUUCAAGGGCUUUGGGCAAUUUGAUCUCAAUCUAGCUAAUUCAGGUAUGAAUUUUCUACAACAAACACAAAUAUGAAACACUUUUUUUUGUCCUCUGAAGGUUCAUCGAACCUAUUUAUUAAGAAGUAAUCUCUGUCAUUGCUACGUAAAGUUCAAGUUUUGUUAAAAUUCUCAGUCGACUAAAUUUCAAUGAUCUCACUUUCCAAACAUCUUCAAUAGAUCAAAUUAUAAAGACCCUGACCCAAGCCCUUAUACACACACACACACACACACACACACACACCUGUUCCCGAGAGAGCACUUGAACCCCCCUUCCCCCAAGCAGACGUAUUUUAAUAUUUACACCGUACAAUCAGUGCCAUGGCAACCAGUGUGUUUACCAUGUGGGCAACAGAGAAAAUGACACUGUUUCUGGAUGUGAGACUGACACCACUGCCUGGGCUAGGCUGUGGUGUGUGAAUGUGUGAGUGUGUGUGUCUGUGUGUGGAAGAGAGAGAGAGAGAGA